UUUACCUGUCGACGCAUCCAGGUGCCCGCGUGUCCCGGUCUCGUAGAAGCGGAUCAAACGGUCUCAAGGCGCCGCUCUGCGUUGCGUGCCUACGUGUCCUACGGGUGUGUGUGUGUGCGAGAGUCUGCGCUGGUGUUGGUGCCGUGAGUCAGUGAGCGCAAAAAAGAUAACACAAAGAGCCAUAGUGAAAGAUCGAAACGCACACACUCUCACGCGACCUGCAAUGAAAAUAAAGUAGAGAAAAGAGUGCGCUAGUGUGUGUGUGUGCGAGUGGAAUAACAGAGAAAAUAAAUGGAAAUUAAAUGAAGCUGCAAAAACUGCCAAAUAAACAAAGUGCUAUGCGAUGCAUAAAUGAGAAGCCAAACGGAGUUACCUGUAUAAUCAUCAAGACCUUCGCGCCACUCUAGAGGCCUCCUAGCUGAUAGACAAAGGAUCCUCCAACCCGGAGAGGAACCAACCAUGUCGCACAAGACGAGCAACCGUCGCAGCAGCGACCUGGAGUGUCCACUUGCUUCAUUGGGCCGCAACAGCAAUGCGGUACGUGACCACUACCACCACCCGCAUCCGCUGAGCUCCAGUCCGCUGGAUCCACAAGCCUACAAGAUGAUGUCCCGCAAGUCACCCAAUCCCGGCCUGGAGGUGUCUGAAGCGCUGGCCUCGCGCAGCUCUACGCCGCCCAGCGACCAGGCUGUGGCAUCCUCGACGGCGGCAGCAGUGCUCCAUAUGGUGCAGCAAAAAGCGGCUACCUUCGAGCUGAGAGGCCGGCACUCGCGACCAACCGAUCAGCAGACCAACUAUGGAGCCCAUUCCACGGCUUCGGUGGGUAGGCAUGCGAAGAAGUCCCCAGAACUACCAGCUCCGGCGUCGAGGAACGUGGCUCCCAUACCACAGCCGCGGAACUUCCUAACACUAGAACAUGUCCUGCAAUUUGGAACCCAGCGACCCAGUUGGAUGCACGGCAACAGUGCGGACACGGAGGAUUCGAGUGACAACAACGCGGGUGGCGGUGGAGCUGGAAGUGGCAGUGGUGGAGCUGGAGGACGAAGACGUGCCCAAGGUGGGCGCUGCAGUGUGCCCACAGUACUCAGCAGCAAUGGCAGCGGCGGCAAUGGAGCCCAGUACCUGCUGGACAAGAAGAUGGAGUCACUGUAUCUGGGCAACGCCCUGAGAGCCCUUCCCUUGGGCGCCGAGGCGAGUCAGUUCCAAAACGAACGCUACUACCUGGAGGAUUACAGCAGCGGCAGCGGGAACGAGCGACUGCCAGAACGCCUGCAUCAUCCGCGCACCUCCAGUCCUAGCGAAACGAGUGGAUCGGAUCGCUACCUGCUGAACCGCAGCUCCAACUCCAACCACCUGCACUCCAAGGGCCAGAGCCUGUCGGACGGACUGUGCAACCUGGGUCGCUUCUCGCCCAGCUUGGAUCAGGGCUAUGCCACGCUGGUCUCACCCUCUCCCACAGGUCACCAUUCAAGUGGCGGAGCGGGCAAUGUUACCAAUUCCACCACGGCCAGUGGAGCGGGAAUCAUGGCUAGCAGUACGCCAACUACAACGCCGCGAAGAGGAGCCUCCAGCAAUGGAUUGGGAGGAGGAGCAGCGUCUGGCACCGCCAUUGGACCGCCGCCCUGGAACCGUAAAGGCCCCUUUCGCUGCGGUCCGCUCUUUGAUCGUCUGCCCGACGAGGCCGUUGUACGGAUCUUCUCAUGGCUGGACAGCUGUGAACUGUGCAACGUGGCGCGAGUCUGCCGGAGAUUCGAGCACCUCGCCUGGCGACCCAUCCUUUGGAAGGUGAUCUCGCUGCGGGGCGAGCACUUGAAUGGCGACAAGACGCUGAAGAUGAUCUUCCGCCAGCUGUGCGGCCAAAGCUGCAAUGGCGCCUGUCCGGAGGUGGAGCGCGUCAUGCUCGCCGAUGGCUGCCGCAUCUCGGACAAGGGUCUACAGCUCCUCACGCGCCGCUGCCCCGAGUUGACUCACCUUCAGCUACAGACCUGCGUGGACAUCUCCAAUCAGGCGCUGGUCGAGGCGCUGACCAAGUGCAGUAACCUGCAGCAUCUGGAUGUGACGGGCUGCAGCCAGGUGAGCAGCAUCAGUCCUAAUCCCCACAUGGAGCCGCCGCGUCGCCUGCUGCUUCAGUAUCUGGACCUCACGGACUGCAUGGCCAUCGAUGACAUGGGUCUGAAGAUCGUGGUCAAGAACUGCCCCCAGCUGGUUUACCUUUAUCUGCGCCGCUGCAUACAAGUCACAGAUGCGGGUCUGAAGUUUGUGCCCAGUUUUUGCGUCUCGCUGAAGGAGCUCAGUGUGUCCGACUGCCUGAACAUCACGGAUUUCGGAUUGUAUGAGUUGGCCAAGCUGGGAGCCGCACUGCGGUACCUUUCCGUGGCCAAAUGCGAACGGGUCUCGGAUGCGGGUCUAAAGGUGAUUGCCAGGCGGUGCUAUAAGCUGCGCUACCUGAACGCUCGAGGCUGUGAGGCCGUGAGCGAUGACUCCAUUACGGUCCUGGCGAGAUCCUGUCCACGUCUGCGAGCCUUGGACAUCGGGAAGUGCGAUGUGAGCGAUGCGGGUCUUCGAGCUCUGGCCGAGAGCUGUCCGAACCUGAAGAAGCUCAGCCUGCGCAGCUGCGACAUGAUCACGGACCGCGGGGUGCAGUGUAUCGCGUAUUAUUGCCGUGGACUCCAGCAACUGAAUAUCCAGGACUGUCCGGUGUCCAUCGAGGGCUACCGGGCGGUCAAGAAGUACUGCAAGCGCUGCAUCAUCGAACACACCAAUCCGGGAUUCUGUUGAGAUGUCCCAUAGCCGGCGGUAGCCACCACAAAGCACAGAGGCAGGCCAUAUGAGCACAGAUAUAAAGGGAAUUUAUGGGCAAAGAAUACUCUUGAAAAACAAAAUAGUUGAUAAAGUGGCAGGCAAAUUUUAGCCAUACACGGACUUUUGGGAUACAAGUCCUCAAGUCUUAGUUCAAUGAUUAACCGAGAGAAUCUAUUGGUUUGGAUAUUAUUCAUAAAAAAAGCAUAUCUUAAAUUGUUCUCCGUAAUCAGCCACCACUUUGCCCGCGCUAAAUAAGAUUAUUGUAAAUUGUAUAUAUCAAACGGACGCAGGACAGGACUAGCGUAGCAUAGAGCAUGUUCAGUAGACUUUGUCUAAGUAGACUAAUUCUUGGAGUAAUAAAUUAUUUUCCCCACCAGAAA